AUACAAUUGCGUAAAGACUUGUGUAAUUGCUGUAUCAGGAAGAACUAAUGCAUAACUGUUCGAACUAGGUUCUCAAGGGCGCCUCCAUGAACAACCUGAAUGAUCCCCCCCGGUGGAACAUAGCGCCUGAGCCGCAGGGAGGUGCCGCCGACGGGGGCAAAUGGAACUACGCGCUCCUUGUGCCAAUGCUGGGCCUAGCUGCGUUUCGCUGGAUUUGGACGAGGGAGUCCCAGAAGCAAAUAUAUGAGGUGAAGACGCGACAUGACCAGGCCGUGGCUUCUGUGACCCACGACCUGGAGCUGAAGUACCGCGACGCCCUGCGGGAGAGCCAGCGCUCGGCCGCCCAGCUGGAGCUGGCCCUGGAGAAGGAGCGCAACCGCGUGCAGGGCUACCGGCAGGCCCUGACCUCCCAGGGCCAGCAGCUCCUGCAGGAGCGCCAGCAGCUGGACGCCCAGCGGCAGGAGCUGGAGCAGGAGAAGACGCGGCACCGGGAGUCGGGCGCCGGCGCCGAGCUGCUCCGCCAGGCGCUGGGCCACGAGGAGGAGCGCUGCCGGCGGGCGCAGGCGGCGCUGGCCGACCUGGAGGAGCGCCUGGUGGAGAGGCAGGGGGCCUUCUGCAGCCUGCUGCUGCCCCGCGAGCAGCGCUUCGACAUCGAGAAGGACCUGCUGCUCCGCGCCGCCCGGCAGCCCGAGCUCCGCGAGCUGGACGGCCUGGAGGGCGACCUCAGGGACAUCUUCCAGAACGACCGGCACUGCGCGGACAAGCUCCGGCUCAACCGGAACCUGGACAGGCGCAAGAACGGCAGCCUCAUGUGGCUCUACCUCAGGUACUGGCAGCUGCAGGUCACGCUACAGAAGCACCAGAGGGCGGAGGGUGCGCUGAGGGGAGGGCCGGACACCCCCCAACCCAAGUGACCUUUAACCUUUAGCCGUGAAAAGGAAAGCCAUAGCCCUGUCGGUGCGUUCCCGAAGAACCGUCCGAAUAAUCACUACCCUGAUCCACCACACCUGAGUUGGCCUCCCGUAGUCCUUCGGGGAAAUGGAACUGGACACACCCCCAGGUUAGUGAGGAAGUUUUACUGCUGGAUGGGGAGAAUACCAAUGCACCGAAAUAGCAUGGGCCAGAGGAAUUGAUACGAGAGCUCCCGUUGAGAUUCUAGACUGUCCCUGUAACACAAUCACUCCUAUGGUCUGCAACAGCACUUGAUCAAUUUUAUUCAUGUGAAAGCGUGGUAGUUUUUUUUUUUUUUUCCCUCUGUACACUAAAGCUGAAGAAAGGAUUGUUUACCUGUAAGGUUGUAGGAUCCUAUGUUCUCUCCUCAGGAGUUGAUCGCUGCCAAUAUGAUGGUUUACUCAGUCAGGGCGAGUGAGGUUGCAGUGUGUGUUAUGUUGCACCCGGGCCUCUUUGAGGGCCAUUCAUGACACUAUGAACACAAUGUUUUUCCUGUUUGUCAUUAUCAUUAUUGAUGGAAUAAACUGUGCAGUGUCCAAAAGAAAUGGCACUGUUUGA